AUGGCAUCCGCAACCGCCAGUCGCACCCAGCAGCCGCCCAGGAAGAGACGACGCAAGACGGCAGCAGGAGCCGCAGACGACUGCUUCAGUUGCUCCAAGCGAGGCAUCAUAUGUGAUCGAAAGCGACCCUACUGUGGGCCGUGCAUUGGAGAGGGCCAGAUAUGCUCCGGAUACCCAACGCAGUUGACGUGGAUCGUGGGAGUUGCCAGUCGAGGCAAGUUCCGUGGCCUGUCGUGUCCCGUCGCCAAUGGAGCAGACAAUGUGGUGCCGGAUGAACCACGCAGAAGAAAGAGCCCGACCAGCGUCAAGGUCAAGGUAGAGGCUGCCAUCGAUCCGGUCGUGAUCGAGAGCUCGAAAGUGCAGCCACUGCAAGAGCAGCAACAACAACAGCAGCAACAACAGCAGCAACAACAGCAGCAACAACAGCAGCAACAACAGCAGCAACAACAGCAGCAACAACAGCAGCAACAACAGCAGCAACAACAGCAGCAACAACAGCAGCAACAACAGCAGCAACAGCAGCAGCAACAACAGCAGCAACAACAGCAGCAACAACAGCAGCAACGCUUUCCAGCGCCGACAUCUGCACCCUUGCAUGCACAAUACCAUCAGCAGGGCGUGCCCGAUAUCCCUCCCGCUCCUCAUGGAUGGCAGAUACCGACCUUCGAAGGACAUUCGACCCCUCCUCCGGGCAGAGAACAUAGGCCAUCGUUCCUGAGGCAUCACUCGUUGCAGCACAUACACACAGCGUUUGGACCACAGUACGAUGCUCGAUUAGCUCCCAGUUCUGGUAGUCCGACGGGCUCGUAUACAGACAACGAGUUCCAUUCUCCGUUGGAAUAUCCCCAAACACCAGGCUCUGUCACGUUCUCGGAACCAUUCUCGCAGUCAGCGCCGAUAUCUUACACUAGCCAGCCUCUCAACAGCUCGAUCGAUUCAUAUGCUGAUGCGCUGAGCUCCAGCAUCGACUCGUUGCAAAGCCGAGCGACAUAUGAGAGCAACGCCAUUUCAGAGACCCCCGGGACUGAUUUGGUGCAAUUUGGUCCAGGGCCCGAUGAGAUCCUCUUCAGCCCAGGUUAUGACAUGAACCUGAACUUCAACCCAUUCGAUCAGCUCGAGGGCAUACCAGAAGACGACAGUGAACUUGAACAGAAGACCCUUUCAAUCCUAGAUCCUCGAUUCAGCAGUCCCUUCUUCACCUUCACGCCACGGAUGCAAUCGCUGAUGGAAUAUUACGAUCGCCACGUGUGUCCGUUUCUUGUAGCUUUUGACAGCUCCGAGAAUCCUUACAGAAAGCAUGUUCUUCAACUUGCAAUACACAACGAAGGACUUCAGAACGCAGUCGCUGCUCUUGCGACCAACAACCUACGCAUGCGGAAACAACAGCCGCCACGGCAGAUGGGAUUUGUUGAGGAGCUCACGGAUGCAUUUGAUGCUAGCGCGAAGCCGAUCAAUGCCAACGAGCCUACAGCAGAGGAAACUUGCUACAAGCAAAUGUCAAUUGAUCAGCUCAACAUGCAGCUCACCGACAGCCGGGCUGCUCAGGAUGAUUCGGUAUUGGCGACGCUUCUUAUCCUCUGCCUCUUCCAUGUGUGUGACUCUGGCUUCAGCAAGUUCAAGACCCAGCUUGCCGGCGUACAGAAGCUACUCUCGCUUCGCCGUCCGAAUGGUCAGUCGGACUUCACUCGCUGGGUUGAGAUGUUCUUCAUGUGGUUUGACGUAAUGACAAGCGCUGUCAACGACCGGGAGAUGCAGAUCAAGGGCGAAUCACUCGAUAUGCUGGACUACUCUGCGGGUCUUGGCGCUUUAGAGCAGUUUUCGGGUUGUGAUGGCAGACUGUUCAAGCUCAUUGCGCGGCUGGGCCGCCUCAAUCUGCUCGCUCAAGGCCGACCAGUCAAAAUGCAGGAGAGAGGUGUCGAUCGAAUACCGCGACCCCCAGUAUCACUGAAGGCAAAGAGGCAGGCUCCUCGCUCCAUGUCGGCAGCUGACUACGAGCAAAUCGAUGGCAAUGGCUGGGGUACACCAAUCCUUUCUUCCGAUGACGAUAACGACAAUCCCACUAACGAUAACACGAACACAACAAAUACCGACGACAGACGCGAGUUCUGGAGCGAGUGGAAUGACAUUCGCUCCAGACUACAGAUGUGGCAGAUGGACACAGCCUUCAACUCCACAGCACAUACCUCCACCACUGGACCUGAGAUCGACUUGGGCCAACGCGAUAUGCUACACAUUAACGAAAGCUUCCGCUACUCGGCUCUGCUCUACACAGAGCGACUUGGUCACCCAGUUCUUCCAAGUUCCCACCCUAACUUUCAGAAAUACGUCUCGAAAGCACUGUACCACAUCACGUCCCUUGAGAUCACCAGCUGUGUCAACAAGUUUUUGCUAUGGCCUCUGUUCUUGGUCGGUAGUGAGUGUGUCGACGAGGCACACCGCAACAUCAUCAGAGCACGAUGCGUCGAAGUGCAGCAAGAAAGUGGCUUCUACAAUAAUCUGUCCGGUUUAGAAGUUCUCGAAAAGGUGUGGCGUGAAGUGGGCAAUAACGUCCAAGGGAUGGAAGCUGCAGAAGUCAAGGCUCGCAGGCGAGACUCUGAAGCUGGGAGGACUGGGCGGUACGGACAGGCGUUCCGAUGGCGAAAAGCUAUGGACCGUGCGGACGGGGAGUACAUACUCAUAUAA